AUGGAGAGGAAGGUUGACUCCAGUUCUUUUAGGGAGAGUGCAGUAAAGAAACCUUAUUCUCCAAAGAUACUGUCCACAAAGAAGUCUUCUGCAUUCUCUGGGAGCCGGAGUGAGAUAUCUAGGGCCAGUCACACAGUGAAGUACCGUCCCUCACAGGCCCGGACCCGAAGGGGCCGGCUCAGAGCACUGCGUGUCAGAUGCGUGGCCAGAAAGUACUUGUAUUUGUGGAUUCGAAUGACUUUUGGAAGAGUAUUUCCCUCUAAAGCCAGACUUUACUAUGAACAAAGAAUUCUGCGAAAGGUCUUUGAAGAAUGGAAAGAAGAGUGGUGGGUUUCCCAUCGAGAGUGGAAACUCCGUGUUCGAGCUGACUGUCACUACAGAUAUUACUUGUACAGCCUGAUGUUCCAGACCUGGAAGACCUACGUGUAUCAGCAACGGGAGAUGAGGAGCAAGUACCUGAGAGCUGAGAAUCAUGAUGCAAAGCAAAAGAUGCGACAGGCCUGGAAGUCCUGGUUGAUCUACGUGGUUUUCCGUAGGACCAAACUUGAGAUGCAGACCACUGCCCUGGAGUUCAGGCGGCAGAGAAUUCUGUGGGUGUGGUGGAGUGCGUGGAGACGGCAACUGGACCAGGUCCACCUAGGCCAGGCCCUCCAGGCCACAGCCGUGAAGCAGCGGGCCCGGAGCCUCCAGCUGCAGGCGUGGUCACGGUGGCAGGAGCAGCUUCUCUUUGUCCGGAGGGAGAGACGGAAGACGGUCUCUGCAGUGAAACACCUUCAGCGCCGACAGCAGUGGAGAGCCCUCGGGGCCUGGCUGGAGUACCUGCAGCUGCGCAGAGAGAAGAGGCUACAGAACCGGGUGGCCGAGCGAUUCCACCACAUCACCCUGCUCCAGACGCACUUCUGUGCCUGGUGGCAGGCCUGGGAGCGGAGGGAGAGCCUGCACGCCCACCACGCGCAGGUGGAGGGACUGGUCAGGAGGACGCUGCUGCGGAGGGCCUUGACUCACUGGAAACACUAUGUGCUGCUGUGCACAGAAGCGGCUGAGCGGUGGAAGGCGGCGAGAGAGCACCACAGGCGCAGCCUGCUGCACUUUUGCUUUAGAGCCCUGAAGGACAGCGUGACCCAUGCCCGUCUCCAACGGAUAAGAAGGAAUCUUGCUCACCAGCAGCGUGAUGUCAUGCUGCUGCACAGGGCCUGGAACCUCUGGCAGUUGCGGCUCGAGCAGAGGGAGGAAAGAGAGCAGCUGCCCUUCCUGCGUGCUGCCUGGGACCACAGCAGAAUAACAUUGCUUCGCAAGUGUUUCCAGUUGUGGUCACAGUCCACCCAGAAGAGGCAGUCCCAGCAGCUGUUGCAGGCCAGAGCAGACGGCCACUUCCAGCAGAGAGCCCUGCCUGCAGCCUUCCAGGCCUGGAGGAGACUCUGGCGGUGGCGUCAGCAGCAGCAAGCGCUCAAGGCCCAGGCCGCGUGCUUUCACAGGGAGAUGUUAGAGAAGCAGGUGUUUGCUGUCUGGUGUCAGAAGAUGUCUCAGCAUCGGGAACACCGCUUAGCAGAGAGGAUGGCUGUGCUCCAUGCAGAACGGCACCUUCUGCAGAAGUCGUGGUCCACGUGGCGCCAGCAGGCAGCGGCACACCACCUGGAGCGGCAGCGGCAUGCACUGGCCUGUGCCCACCACCACCUCGGGCGGCUCAGGAAGGCCUUCUAUGUCUGGAGAGAGGGCGCCCGAGGGCUCAGAACAGAGAGGACGGGCAAUGUGCGGGCUGUACGGUUCCACGCGGCGUGGCUUCUGCGCUGGGCCUGGACCAGGUGGCAGGAGCGCCGGGCCCUGCGCAGUGCCGAGUGGCAGAAGCUGGCACGCGCCAACCUGCACCACCAGCACGGCUUGCUGCAGGGCGCUGCAGACCUGGGGGUGUAUCAGAGCCGAGUGCGGCGCGUGCUGCAAGAGGUGGCUGCCAGGGAGAGCCAGCACAAGAGGCGGCUACUGCGGCGUGUGUUACGUCGCUGGAGAGAGAACACCGUGGCCCAAGCGGACGAAGCGAAGAAGAUGUCCCAGGCGGCAGCUCACUACAGAAGGACGCUAUGCUCCAAGGUCCUGCUUGAGUGGCGAGAGGCAGCAUCUGUGCAGGUGUAUUACCGAGAGCAGGAGGAUGGGGCUCUCAGGGAGGCCCAGCUGGUGCUGAGUAGGGGCCGUCUCAGGACCUGGUUUUGGCGCUGGCGGGACCGAAGCCGGAGGGCUGCUCAGCAGAGGGUGCAGGUGGAGCAGGCAGUGCAGCAUUACUGCCAGAAGCUGCUGCAGGAGGCCCUGGCCCGGUGGAAGGUGCACCAUCAGGGCUGCAUUAGGAAGAGGCUGCGGCAAAGGCAGGCCGCCCGACUCCUGGCCCAGACGCUCAGCCGGGCCUGCUUCCACCAGUGGAAACGGCAGCUGGCGGACAGGAGGCAAGAGCGGCAGCACACAGCACGGGCCCUGUGGUUCUGGGCCUUCUCCCUGCAGGCAAAGGCCUGGGCCGCCUGGCAGGGCUUCGUGCAGGAGAGGAGGAGGAAGAAGGCGCGGGAGGAGCAGGCGGUGCAGGCCUACCACCAGCAGCUCCUCAGGGAGGGCGUCAAGUGCCUCCUGCGCUUUGCGGCGGGCAUGAAGGCCUUCCGGCAGCAGCUGCACGCCCAGCAGCAGGUGCAGGCGGCCCACAGUCUCCACCGCGCAGUGCGUCACUGUGCCACGCUCUGGAAACAGAAGGCGCUGGGCCAGGGCAGGGAGCCGCAGCCCCCUGCGUCCACUGAGCCCAGCAGAAGAGUGACGUUUGAGCGUCCCCUUCCCAGCCACAUUGCUGCCGGGGCUGGCGAUGCCCCCCUGGAGACCAAGAGACCACCAGCUCCUUGUGGGCUUUGGGGAGCCUUGGACAGCCUGGCGUCAGCCCCCGGGGACCCCCAGCUCCUGGAGCUCAAUGCUGCCCGCCAGGCACGGAAGCAGCCACGACGCCCAAGCUUCCUGGUGGAGCCCUUGCAGAGCCAGGCGCCCCUGGGGUGCGGCCCCCUCAGCAGGCAGGGGUCUGAGGCCCUGUGGGAGCGUGGCCUACACCAGGUCCGGCCAGUGGACCCCGCCUGGUCAGUGCUGGACCCAAGCAGCCCCCUGCCACGUGCCCCCGGCCUGAAGCCGCCACCCACGGCGCACCCGGGCCCAGAGCUGCUGCCCCCGUCCUCGUUUGCGCCACGUGGGGCCCAAGUCCCCAUUCGGCUGUCAGCCCAGCCGAUGACCCCUGGGCUUCCGUCCCAGAUCCCUUUGUCCCUGGCCGGUGUCCCCAGCCCCCGUCUGCUCCUUCCUGGGGACUUUCGGGGCACCAGGCCUGGGCCCGGCUCUGACCCUGCAGCUGUGUACCGGGGGCCUGUCAGCACCUCAAGAGGGGGCGCCCCUCCCGGCAGCUCGGCUCAUCCUGCACUGAGCCAGGAGGCUGGCGGAAAUCAAGCCUGUUCUGUGGGCACUGGCCACAGUGACCUGGAAGCUGAGCUUGAGGGCAUCCGGCAGCAGUUGCAGGACUACCAGACCACGAGGCAGAACCUCAGGUCCUGCCAGCGGCAAGCGCACAGCCUAAGGCGGUGGCUAGAGCUGAGCAGGGAGGAGCCCCAGCCUGAGGACCAGGAAGCUGAGCAGCAGGUUCAGGAGCAGCUUCGCAAGGUGGAGCUGCAGAUCCAGCAGCUGGCCCACGAGCUGCAGGCCCGGCGCCAGCCUGUCCACACCUGCAUCGCUCGGGUCCAGGCCCUGCGGCAGGCUCUGUGCUAG